UAUACUACUACUACUAAUAAUUAUUUAUAUCUGUAUCUAUACAUAAUUACAUAUUAACAUAUACAUAUUAUUUCCAAACCCUAAUAAAUUAAAUUCCACCGAUUUUCAAACAGAGUCGGUUUUCACCGAUCGGAAUUUCACACACACACACACACACCGCCGAUGCCGAUUCCGAUUGAAAUUAUAAGCAGCGAUGAAGAAGAAGAACAAGAAGAUGAAGAAGAAGAAGAUUACUAUGAAUGUUCCGAUCGUGAUGAUGCGAUUGAAAAUGAAGAUUCUGAUUCUCACUGGAAUCCACCUAAACUUUCAUCUUCCAAGGUGAUAACAAGAGAAUCCCUUUUGGCUGCACAGAGGGAAGAUCUACGCAGAGUUAUGGAGUUACUGACUCUAAGGGAACACCAUGCUCGGACGCUUCUUAUACAUUAUCGUUGGGAUGUCGAGAAGAUAUUUGCAGUACUUGUAGAAAAAGGAAAAGACCGAUUAUUUACAGAGGCCGGAUUACUUGUGCCUGGGUCUGAUGAUCUGGAUGCUUCAGUUUCUAUCUCAACAAAAACGUGUGAUAUAUGCAUGGAGGACUUGCCAUCUAGCCAGAUGACAAAAAUGGAUUGCAGCCACUGCUUUUGUAAUGAUUGUUGGACAGAACAUUUUAUUGUAAAAAUAAAUGAGGGGCAGAGUAGACGUAUCAGAUGCAUGGCUCACAAAUGUUUCGCUAUAUGUGAUGAGGCAAUAAUUCGAAGCUUAGUGAGUAAAAGGCAUCCUGAUCUGGCUGAGAAAUUUGAUCGGUUUCUUCUAGAAUCAUAUAUCGAGGAUAAUAAAAUGGUAAAAUGGUGUCCAAGUACUCCUCAUUGUGGGAAUGCAAUCCGUGUUGAGGAAGAUGAGUUUUGCGAGGUAGAGUGUUCAUGUGGUAAUCAAUUUUGUUUUAGUUGCUUAUGUGAAGCUCAUUCACCUUGUUCUUGUGCAAUGUGGGAACUUUGGGUUAAAAAAUGUCGAGAUGAGUCAGAAACAGUCAAUUGGAUUACGGUUCAUACAAAGCCUUGUCCGAAGUGUCAUAAGCCCGUUGAGAAAAAUGGUGGCUGCAAUCUAGUUAGCUGCAUUUGUGGACAAGCCUUUUGUUGGCUAUGUGGUGGAGCAACUGGUCGCGAUCAUACAUGGUCAAGCAUUGCCGGUCAUAGUUGUGGCAGGUUCAAGGAAGACAGUAAGAAAAAAUCCGAGCGUGCAAAGCGGGACCUCUAUCGGUACAUGCAUUAUCACAAUCGCUACAAAGCUCAUACAGAUUCGUUCAAGCAGGAAUCUAGAUUGAAGGAAACCAUACGUGACAAGGUGGCAGUUCUGGAGGAAAAAGAUUCACAGUUAAGAGAUUUUAGCUGGGUUACAAAUGGACUUUAUCGGCUAUUUAGAUCAAGGCGGGCACUUUCUUACUCAUACCCAUUUGCAUUUUAUAUGUUUGGUGAAGAGUUAUUUAAUGAUGACAUGACAAAAGAGGAGCUGGAGAUUAAACAACAUUUAUUUGAGGAUCAGCAACAGCAGCUUGAAACGAAUGUUGAGAAGCUAAGUAAGUUUAUUGAGGAACCAUUCGAUAAGUACCCCGAGGACAGAAUUAUGGAAAUUCGGAUGCAAGUCAUUAAUUUAUCUGUGAUCACUGACAACUUGUGUAAGAAAAUGUAUGAAUGUAUUGAAAUGGAUUUACUGGGGUCCCUUCAAUUUGGCAUCCACAACAUAGCUCCAUAUUACUCGAAGGGGAUUCAAAAAGCUACAGAACUUCCCAGCAGUUGGGCUGCAAAAUCCUGCAAUGCCGGUAAACGUCAAAGGCUGGAAGAUCCAACCAAUGGUGGCACGUCUGGAUCUGACAGGCCUUCGGGCUCUGGCAGCUCAGAAGAGAGUGCUUUUCCUCCAGAAAAGAGGGCUAUAAAAGAUGGUUUUGGAGAUGGUAUGUUUGACCUCAAUUUGCCUGCGGAUGUAAUUGACAGAAACUGAGGUGGUGGUGAAGACUUUCAAAAUCAAAGAGGAUCGAGAGUUGCUCAUGACCGUAGUUUUAAACAACUGUAUAGCUCUGACUUAGGAGCGACUCUAUUUUGUUGAUUGGUCUCAAAUCUCCAAUCUUUUGGUAUAACUAGUCUCUUAUAUAAACAAGAAAUUCUAGUAACUUUCGGGAUAUUUACGUAAGAUCUUCUGAUUUCCAUGGUGAUGUACAGUUGACUCGCUGCUUUGUAACUCUGGGAGACAGAGAGAUAAAACCGUGUGUAUUAUAUUUC